CAUAAAGAGUUUCCGUAGUUUUGUGAAGUUUGCGUAAUCAACAGGUGUCAGGGCGGCGACAAUACAAGAAAUGGCAGAGCUUUUAGGGAAGCUCCGCAGCGCUUGGAAGACAUGGAGGAAACAGCGUAAGGAAAGGCAAGAACGAGUAUCUGAUCCUCAGAAACUUAUCGGCGUUACUGAACAAUCGGACAAAGAACACAUACAUGCGGCAAGUAUUGAAGAUAUAGAUGCAUGUGCCAACAAGGAUAAUAGUUCCGCGAACGUGAAGUCUACAGUUGACUCUCCUGAUUCAGGGAAGGUAUGCAAUAAUGAAGAGAACAAGAAUGUGAACGAAACUCCGAUUGAAGUGAUCUGUGAGUAUGCAAAUGACGCAGAUAUUGACAUUUACCGUGCUGAAGGCCUGACGGAUAAUGAAUUGCGAACUAUAAUUUGUAGCUUAGCUGAAAAAAUUUGCAGGGAGUUUCCGUCGUAUUACGACUUUUGCAUUAUAGCAGACGAAGAGGACUAUGAUUCAGCGGACGAACUGAAGCAUUACUUGUGCCGCACUUUCGACUUAACAGGGUGUAUGGUUCACGAUGGCUUUUAUCGUGCGGGUGCAGACAUAUUUUCCUGUUUUGAAUUUAUGAUGUCGAGGAGCAGCAAAGUGCUGUUUUACUUAACAGACAAUUUUAAUGCAAGCCAGUUCUAUCGCCGCAUCCAGAGUGGAGCCGUUUUUCAGUCAUUGAUGUCCAGCGUUCAAGCCCACCGAGAAAAAUGUGUACCAAUAUUCCCAAAUGGUAUUCCUAACUACAUUCCACUACCCCUCUCAGGUAUAGCAGGUCUGCAUCCUAAAUCGAAAGUAGCGUUGCGACAAAGUGUAAAUACAACAUAUACCUUACCUCUGAGAGAAAAAAGAAAAUGUUUAGAUAGACUGAAUGAUGAAGAACGAAGGUUAGCAUUCCGUGAACAGCUGCGACUUAGUGUGAGUGAUUUCAUUCAAAAGAAACAAUUACAGAACUCAACAUCUGAAACGCAACAAAUUGAGAAUGCCCAUUCAGCAAUUGAUGUACACACCAGUACCAGCAUUUUGCCAGAAGUUUCCUCAAACGUGAAUGCUGUGAAUGAACAGCCCACAGGUGACACCAUAGCAGAUACCCUUGCUUCCUUGCCGAUGGAUGAUGAAGUGCGGACAUGUAUAAUGCAAGUAGUAUCACAGUCCAGUCCACUACCUGCAACAAAUGUGAGCAUCACAAGUUCCUCAGCAGUGCAUGUGGGAAAUAAAGUUACUGUGAAUUUGACCAUAAAUCCACCAGUGUCGUACUCUGGAGGUACCACAGGUGAUGCCAUAAUGAAUGACAGUGAUUCAGACAGUUUUUCUGAAAGUGAAUGAGUCUGAUAUUGUGUUUCUGAAGAAGAGAUUAUCCAUUUAUGUUUACAUACUAAACAGUGCAUCUCCUGGUUUUCAAGAUGUGUGUUUAUGAUAACAACAGCAAACAUAAGGGAACAACGAUAGACAAAGCAAUACCAUAUGCCAAAACAAGUUGGUCAUGUUCAGAUACCUACAUGCUUUUACCAGUUAACAAAGUAUUGAAUUAUAGUGAAAAUUCAUUGUGACAUGGAUUCUGCAUUUCAAGGAAUGUUUAAAAUAAAGUGGUGGCUAUGUCUAAUUAGAGAGGGAAAGUAACAAGACAAUGCUCAGAGGAUACAUUGUACUGAAUACUCCACAAAAAGCAGGAAAUAAUAAAGAAAUUAAGAAAUUUUUCUUUGGUCUGAAGAGGAAAGGGAAGAAGAAGUACCUCUCUGAGUAUGUUCCCGAUGUGAAUGUUCCAGUAGAGCCACCUGACAGUCCCACUCCAGAUGUUCCUGAACUAAAAGCCCCUGAACUUUUAACAUGGCCACAUGAAAAACUGGAGAUGUUUCUGAAGGAAAUUUUACUUGAGAAAAGUAAAUCAUUGAAUUCAGUGCCAGUGGACCUGCUUCCUCGAUAUAUAAAUGAAGCGGUCAAUGAAACCCAUCCAUUUUCCAUUCCUGAACAGUAUGACUAUUGUGUAGUUUGUGUACAUGAUGAUUAUGAUGAAGCUGCCUCUCUUAAGAAGGAGUUGUAUGAUAAACAUAAGCUUGUGGGUCAUGUGAUAUGGGACUCUGCUGGGUUAGGAAUGGAUCAAUUUUUUGCUUUUGAGGACUGCAAACUGAGAAGUACAAAAAUCUUAUUUUAUGUAAGUGAGAAGUUUAUAUCAGAUGAGUUUUGUUGUCAUUUAGUAAGGGAUACAGUUCUUUGUCCAAAAAGCGUCGGUGAAAUGAAAGCCGUUCCUGUUCUCAAGACGAAUAAUGUUAAGAUGCCAGAAUCAUUGGAACUAGUGGACAGACUUACACUAGAUAAUAUAAAACAGUUUGAUUUUAGGUUGCCGUGCAUCUUCAACACCCUAGUUAGGCAAGAGAAGAUGAAACGCACAUACGCGCAGCAAAUGGAAAUUGAUACCAUUAGACAACGUUAUGUGAUAGAUUUCAUUGAAGACAGAUUGAAAGCUUGUGAGUAGUGAUGACAGAUUUACAAUCAUGUGGAUGUGAUUUUCAAUUAUACCAGUGAGUUCUGCAUUUACAGUAUAUUAAUUUCUUGUUUUCUUUUGAUACGUUGUAUAAGAAAAAUGUAUUAAAACAUAAGCCUGAUGGUAUUUUGUAGUAAAAUAAAAUGUACAGCAUGAAA